CUGAGAACACACGCCUCUUCCAGCAACAGAAAAAGAAAUGGACAUCACGGCGAAGCAAAUUGAACAACCCACGUCUGGCUCGCCUCCCGACAAGAUGCUUGCUGAAUGGGAUUUCUAUAUAAAAUAUAGUUAAUCAUUUAUUUUUAGUGUGCAUGGGACCACAAACAGUGCAUGACAUCAGAAAAGAUGAAAAAGCCAAAAUUGAUGGAAGGUGGCAACUACAUCCGCGAGGGUCGUGAUUCUACCAAAUCAACUUGGCUUCUGAUUUCACCAGUCGCACCCGACGAGGCUGGCUCGUUAGCCAGAUAUUUAGGCAUUUUCUCUUCUCAUGGAGUCAACCUCAGUCACAUUGAAUCCAGAUCUUCCACAAGGCGUCCAGGCUAUGAGUUCAUGGUUGAAUGUGAACAUGGUUCUGGAGAUUUCGGAGCGGCCCUUGAAGAGCUGAAGAAGAAUGUUGGAUACCUAAAUAUUAUUUCGAGAAACUAUAAAGAUAAUCGAUCCGCUGUUCCUUGGUUCCCACGUCGUAUCCGCGACUUAGAUCGCUUUGCCAACCAGAUCCUCUCAUACGGUGCCGAACUGGACUCUGAUCACCCUGGAUUUACCGAUCCUGUUUACCGCGACCGCCGCAAAUAUUUCGCCGACAUUGCAUACAACUACAAGCACGGAGAGCCUCUGCCUUAUGUGGAGUACACCAAAGAGGAGGUGGCCACCUGGGGUGUAGUUUUCCGGAAGUUGACAGAGCUCUACCCCACUCAUGCCUGCAAAGAGCACAACCAUGUCUUCCCGCUGCUGAUCGAAAACUGUGGUUACAGGGACGACAACAUUCCACAAUUGGAAGAUGUUUCUAACUUUUUGAGAGAUAGCACCGGCUUCACUCUGCGGCCCGUGGCAGGACUUCUCUCGUCGCGUGACUUUCUGGCUGGACUUGCUUUUCGAGUGUUCCACAGCACCCAGUAUAUCAGACACCAUUCAAGACCACUCUAUACUCCGGAACCAGACGUGUGCCACGAAUUGCUUGGACACGCCCCGCUUUUUGCGGAUCCCGCCUUUGCACAAUUCUCUCAAGAAAUUGGUCUUGCGUCUCUAGGAGCUCCUGAUGAUUACAUCGAGAAACUAGCCACGUGCUUCUGGUUCACGGUGGAGUUUGGUCUGUGCCGGCAAGAAGGUCAACUAAAGGCUUACGGCGCCGGUCUACUGUCGUCCUUCGGCGAGCUACAGUACUGUCUCUCAGACAAACCUGAGUUGAGAGAGUUUGACCCCGAGUCUACCGGGGGUACCAAGUAUCCCAUCACAGAAUACCAGCCCGUCUAUUUCGUUGCUAACAGCUUUGAAGAUGCCCAGGAGAAGAUGAUAAAGUUUGCUCAAACGAUCCCACGUGACUUUGGCGUCCGUUACAAUCCCUACACGCAGAGCAUUGACAUUCUGGACUCCGCUCGCCAGAUCAGGGUCCUGAUGCGGGAGGUGCACCAAGAAAUGGAGCUGCUGCUAAACGCUAUGGACAAGUUGUAACGAUGCAGAUUAGCUUCUUGUUGUAGGUGGGACACUUAUAGUUAAUGACAAUCAUGACCAAUGAUUUUUAAAGAACUAACAUUUUAUCUUUUCAAGUUUUCUAAAUUUACACAACUUAUUUGUACACAACUUCAAAUGAUAUUAUUUGAUAAGACAUUUCAGUUAAGUGUAAUAAAAAAGUUUUGAUUGAGGUAAUUGAACAAUUAUGACUAUAUUUGUGUGAAACAUAAAUUUAAAAAAUUUCAUUCUUAAAUUAUUAAUAUAAUAGUUGUAAGUACAUUUAGUAUCAAUAAAAUAAGUAUGUUUUAAGUACGUAGGUAUAUUCAGUCUAAUCUAUUAAAAUUAUAAGAAGGAAUUAGUAAAUUACGGAUGUUAAGGAAAUAAUAUAGUUUAAAAAUUCAUAAAAUAUAAUACUUAUAAUUGACAUGAAUUACGCUAAAAUUAUAUAGGAUGUUGUUUAAUAUAUAAGAAUUGUGGUGUUUAAAAUAUUAUAUAACAAUUAAUUUCACAUUACAUAUAUAAUUUGGGUAUCACGAGCACGUAUAUCA